AAAAAAUUGGGAAAAGUAACCUCUCACCCUCACACGGAUUUCUUUUCAAAAUUAAAGUGUUCUCCGAUUACAACUACGGUUAACAGUAGAUAUGAGACCCCCCGCCGGAUCCCGCCGACAACCCGAUGACUCAUUCAUUCCGCCGCCGCCGCCAACUCCGCUGGAUUUCCAUCAGCGCAAUCAGUUCCCCCGCGACUCCGACGCCAGUUUCGCAAGCAGCCGCCCUUCUUCCGCCGGAGGCGGCGCGGGGCGCACGAGGUUCGAGGACUACAAGGAGCGCCACUUUCAGCAAUCAGUGAUUUCCGCCAUCAACUCGUUCCUAAAGUCGCGGGAGUCUACCAUCAGGUUCAAAUCCGGCGGCACCACACCUUCCGCGAAGGACAUCAUCGAAACCCUAAAGUUGCUUCUGAGAGAGAUCGAGUACCCUGUGUCGAAACUCGAAGAGGAUCUUCCCCCUCUCCUGAAGCGCCUCAAUUACCCGUUCAAGCUCAACAAGUCCAUCCUCAAAUCCCCCGCUGCCCCUCACCAGUGGCCUUACUUGCUCGCACUCAUUCACUGGCUCCUUCAGAUCGCCUCCUUCGGCUCUCACCUCUCCCAAUCCACCUCCAAUACCGUCUCUUCCCUCCUCCAGGUCAACCUUGUCCACCAGUACACCCUCAAUUCCUAUCUUAACUACAUUAAGGGCCAUGAUGAUGUGGUUGAAGAACUCGAACUCGACAUCAUCGACAAGCUCAACCACCAGAAGGCCCUCGCCCAGGAGAAGCUCGAGGCUGCCAACAAUGAGCUCAAGAGUUUGAGGGAUGACUUGGAGAGGCUGAGGUUGCAUCCCGUAAAGAAGGAGGAGCUGGAGAAGACUAAGGGCAUGCUAGAGGACGAUGUGAAGAAAUUUAAUCUUCUGAUUGAGGAUGUUGGGAGAAAGAUUGAGGAGAUGGAGAAGGUGCUGGCAGAGAAGGAGAAGGUUCUGGAGGCGAAGGAGCGGGAGAACCAUAGGGUUUGCGAGGAGAACAAGGAACUCAGGAGGACGGUAGAGGCACAGCCUGUGAAUGCGAGGGAUGUGGAGAGGAUGAAGAGGGAGUUGCAGGCUUUGGAGAGGGAGAUCCAGGAGGGCGAGCUUGCCCGGAAUGUUUGGGAGGACAAGUUCUGGGAAAUGGAGAAUAAUCUUUCUCACAAGUUCAAGGAGCUUGAGGCGCUUGCUUUGGAUUGCAACCAAGAGCUGAGGAGGUUGAAGAUCGGUGAUGAUAUUCAGUAUCAGUUGAAUGCCAAGGGAACUACGCCUGCUGAUAUUAUGGGUUUUGACCAUAAAUUGAGUCUGAAGCCUGCACUUAACUCAUACGCUGAGGACAUUAAGAAGAUUUCUAUGGGGAGAUGGGAAGAGUUAAUUUCCUAUCAGCAAAUGUCCAAUGAAAAUGCUGCUAGGCUUGAGGAAAAAAGAAAUAAUGUUGCAACAUUGCAGUCACAGAUUGAUAAAUGGUGCCCAAGGAAAGACACGCUUCUACUUGGGCUCGUCCGUCAGUGAACGAGUGGCGCUUGGUGGCAACAGCGAAUCCAGAAAGCCACAGGAUUUCUAGCGAACCCACACAGCCCUACAAAUUCAGCCGCGGCUUGUGGAGAGUCUGUGCUAGGUUGCUGCAUCUUGUACAAGGCCAGACAGUCUGAUGCGUCUUCGAGGCACCUCCGAUGAGCACAUGCAACAGACCAAGCGACUUCACGACAACUAUCGGACCAUACUCUCGAUGUUGUGGUUUGGUGGUCUGCCGGCGUUGACUUUCCCUUGACGGCGGAGACCGGCAGAGACGGCAACAAAGGAUUUUAUUUGGCGUUGGAUGCGGAUAAGGGGGGUUGGGAGAGAUGGUCCACCGUCAGUCAAUUUGGGGGAAUGGUAAUUUAGGUUAACGUGGUAAAUUAGGUUUAAACCAUGGUUAACUUAGAUGUGGCUUUGGUGAGUGGAUGGACUUGAUGUCCAGCCCAACUAAAGUUGGCAGAUCUUGGCAAAUAGAAAGUUGGUAAUGUAGCAUGAUUGUUUUUUUAAUGAACAUGUCACGUCACAGAUGAGAUAGCAAUAUAUAAUUG